GGGGGAGAUUUGCUCCUAUCUCUACCAACGCCGGCUGGUAAAUAAACGUCUAUAGAUGGAGUUUUGGUCGCUGUCGUGACUGCUGUUCGCCACCUCUCACUCUGCGGAAGAUUCUGCCGCAGCAUCCAAACCACGGCAGCUCUCCCCUGCGCAAACAUGGGCACCGUCCUCUCCAUAUCUCCUGCCUCCAAGAAGGCAUCUGUAAUGGACACUGAGGCUGCGGCAGAUGGAUUAAAAAACGACAAGAGCCUCAAGCGGCACUCAAUGUUCGUGUCUCUGUCCUGGAAGAAGCUGGUGGCCAAUUCGGCCAAGAAGAGCGCAAAGAAAGUCAACCCGAACCCGCUGCCGUCCAUCCAGGGGGCCCACCUCAACAGCGAGAACAACAGGAAGACGCACCAAGCCGAGGAGAAGAAGCCAAAGGCGCCCAUCCCAGUCCCGGUCCCCACGGUCCCCACGCAGAACAACGACAGCAUGGUCCAGAACGGGAGGCUGUCCACGGUUCAGAAACAACCCAGCAACAUAUCUCUGCUGUCGCCCAGACGGAUUGUUAUUCAGGCAUCAACCGGGGAGCUGCUUCGCUGUUUGGGGGAUUACUUGUGCCGCAGGUGUUACAAACUGAAAGAGUUAAACGGUGGCGACGUGGUCCUCUGGUUCCGAAACAUCGACCGGACUCUUCUGAUCCAGGGCUGGCAGGACAUCGGCUUCAUCACGCCAGCCAACGUGGUGUUUGUGUACCUGCUGUGCCAGGACGCCAUCACGGAGAGCGUGAGCAGCGCGGCCGAGCUGCAGGGCACCUUCCAGACCUGCCUCUACCUUGCAUACUCCUACAUGGGCAACGAGAUCUCCUACCCGCUCAAGCCCUUCAUCAUCGAGUCCAACAAGGACGUUUUCUGGGAGACGUCCCUUCGCAUCAUCGACCGGCUGAGCUCCAAGAUGCUCCAGCUGAACGCGGACCCGCACUUUUUUACCGAGGUCUUCCAGGACCUGAAGAACCAGCGAGACGCCAGCGAGUCCAGCUUGGACCGUUGACCUGGGGCUAUGGAAGGCCAAAAGUGCCAGAAUUUAAAAAAUAAUAAUAAUCAUAUACACAUCACAAACAUACACAUAUAUGUAUAAAGACCAAGAGGUGGGGGGGCCAGUGCCAGUUUUGGUACUCUAUCCACAAAUUUAUUUUAGGCUUUCAAAUUUACAUAGAUCAAUACUUAAGUAAACUACAGCUUCAAGAUUUUUAGGGCUUGUUUGUAUGAAAAAUUUACUUUCCCUCACAAUUAUUAUUUUCAAAAAGGUUUCUUAGAGAUAUCAUUUUUAGAGUUGUCUUUAUCCAUACAGAAAAAAAAAACAUCCCAAAUGUUGUGGUAACUAUACCAGGACUGUAUAAAUGGUGAUUCAACUUAGUAACUAAAAUACACCAAAAAAUUGAGGGGAAGUGGAGCAUGUGUUUGAAUCCUUUUUAAAUAGCUGAGUGUUAUAUGCACAAUACUUCAACAAAUUCAAACACUCACUGUCAUAUGGAGUUAUUAGUGCUCUUGGAAAUUAUAAAACACAUUGUUUGCAAAAACCUUUAUCCAUAAAAACCUCCAUUUGAAACAAUCUAUUUUGGGACCUCCAAAUCCUCUGGGUCCCUGGUGGUUAUUUUCUUAAAGUCCCAAAUAGGUUCUAACAAUAUGGUCUUCACAUUAAAACUUGAUUUUUCAAGUUGUUACAAUAUGUUUUUUGUUUAAACAAUAUAUCAGGAAUUUGCCGUUUGUUAUGUAAUUACCAAAAACCUUUCACAUUUUUAUAUUUUUAAAAUAUUGCUAGAAAUUAGGAAAAAAUUGCAAAUUUCCAAGAGUAAGAACAAAUGUUGUUAGAAAAGCAAAAGUUUUCAUGUUUUGGUGUAAUGCAGCUCUUUUCUGCUUUUGGCAACUGUUUGCUUCUAUAAAGAGCAAACAGAUGUAACUCUUGUUACAUCUAAUAAAUGCAAUGAGUUACCAAAAAUGUUGUUUUGGCAAUUUUGAAACUAUUUAAUCAAAUAAUUAAAUCUAGAAAAAAGUAUAACAUUUGAAUCAAAGACAUACACAAUUAUACAGGUGUUUAUUUAUUUAAUUGUGUUGCCAUAUAUCCUGUUUACAUUAUUCGACAAUUGGCUGUAGUACGGAAAAUACAAAAUAAAUGAAUACAUUCUCAAAUAAUUAUUUGUGAAUUUCACAGGCAACAUAUUACAGUUUUCAUUCAUGAUUAACAUAUUUAUUAAUUUGUAUGUUUAAUCACUGGCACAUUUUUAUCCCCCUAUGUUUUAUUUAUUUAAUUGUAGUUUUAUUUAACCAACUGGAUGUACAAAUAUUUAUCUGACAUAAUAUUUAUUUUUUUGAUUUUGGCACUUUUGAUUCUUGACGGGUGAACUGAGCUGCACACCGGCGUAUUUUUAAAGAUGAAUGUAAAAAAAGGUGACUGCAAAAUGUUUACUGCAGUGCUGAUGGCUUCUCGUGUCUGGGCUCAUGAUGUUACACAACUUCAAUAUGGUCUUUAGGUUCUACUGUAAGGAGUUUAAAACAUGCAUGCUGGUUGUACUUUGUCUCUUAUUUUGUCGUGUCCUAGAAAUCAACUUUAUUGUUAAAUGCUCCGUUCUAAGAGACUCUCAGUUCCCCAAUUUGUACAAAAUUAGCCUAUAUUCUGAGUAACUGAGUGAAUGUUGUGUGGCGAGGUCCAAGCCUGUGCCAGAAUAGAUCUUUCAGUCAAAUCAGGGCGCUGAGCUGUCCAAGGUGCUGACCUGUUCAGCCGUUUUUUUUUUUUGUUGUUUUUUUUGUUUGUCUUCUUUUCUCCCAACUGAACCGAGCAUGGCUUAUGAGUGCCACAGUCAGCCCAGAACACUUUGAGCACAUAAGCCUAAGCCUUGUAAGUAAGUAAGUAGAGGUAGUCUAUUGUGCUUUUUUAGCAUCUCAGUCAGCUGACAGAUAAGCUGUUGAACAUGGAACAGAUACAGAAUGUAUCUGAAAGGGCAAAUCACACUGAACAGUGAUUGUAAAUAUUCCUCUUUGAGCAUCAGCAGUUUCAUCUAGGCAUGGGCCGGUAUGAGGUCCUUCUGGUAUAAUAACUUGAAAAUAAUGUAUUACAGUUCAAGCAAAAUUAUAUAACCUAACUGCUUCUAUUUUAAAACAUAGAGGCAGCCAUUCUUCCCUCUACCGCUAAAGUAUUAAAGAAUUUAGUUUACAAACAGUUAUAUCAAUGUUAUAUAUGACCUUUAUUUGCCGUUAUGUUGAUUAUGACCAAAUAAAUGGAAAAAAGACAUGUUAUGUUUAGCAGUCUUGAAGUGCGUAUAGAAAAGAACAUUAUAUAAUUUUGCUAUUUCCCUCUUUCUAGAGGAACUAAAAAUAGCAUGCCGAUAUUCUCUUUUAUUAGUCAGGCUAUCUGCUCAGAUGGCCAACCUACCAUCAGCUGCUUAACAGACAUGCUACUGUAGCUUGUCAGUUGUAUUUUUACAUUAGAGUUAAUCCAAAAAAAAAAAAAUUAUUUGUGUUUCAUACAAAGGAAAAGUGUUGCAACUUUUUUGAGCCAGCAAACCAGCAAUGAGCAGCAACAGGUAGGAGACAGGGUAUCAAUACAACUGGAAAAAACUGAUCACUUUGGCAUUUUCUCUGAUAUCUCAUUGAAAGUACUUUAAAUCAUAAAACUUUGGCAGUUUUGAAACAGUGGCUUUUUCUGACCUCUAGAUACCACUAACCAGCCCAUGCCUGGUGUUAACCAAUGCUUUCUAUCAACAAAGUUUGUCUCAAUGUUUAAAAAAAAAUCAUCUGCUGGGGAAAAAAAAGUUCAUUCUAUGCUAUUUUAAUAUCUGUUGGUAUAAGGUUGUUUUUAGAUUCUCUGUGUGACAAAAAUCACCAGAAAUGUCACAACAAGAUCUUGUUUUUGUAAUUCAUACUUCAUUCCCUUAUAUUGUAACUGUACAACAAAAUAUUGUUGGCUUAAGCUGAACAAUAGAUGUACUGCUUUUAGUUUAACUGAAGACUGAGUGGAAUGUAGUUUUUUGUUUAUUUUUCAUUUGCUUUGUUUUAAAUCUUGUGCCAAGUGGAAAAUGGCCUGAAACAUUCUGGUUUACAUGUAAAUAUCCCAUCUCUUCAACAUGUUUUUAAUGCCAGUUUUGAUGAUGGUUGAGGUUAGUUUGAGCAUCACUGAAACAAACACAGGCUUAUAAACAACUUAUAUUUAUACUCUGUUCUGCAAAUGUGAGCCUCAGUUUGUUGACUUCAGAUUAGUUUAUUCAGAAUUACUCAAAGUACAAUUAUUUAAUGUGAGAAAACUGUCACAAAUAUAAAGAUUAUCUCCCAUUUGCGCAUGUGUUACAGUAGUAUUUAUAAACUAAACACAAUCCAACUUGGACUCUGAACCCAAACAUGGUCCACCUAUGGUUAACCUGAAAGACAAUUAUUAUAUUUUAUGAAUUGUUUGCUUGGAAAGUAAAUAACAAUGCUGCUAUUUUGCACAGAUGUGGACAAAUUUCAUGUUUUGCACAGCGAUGAGGACGUACAUGUGUUUCCUUGCAGGGACUGGAACGCUUUGCCAUUAAGUUUGCAUUCAUCGGCACCAGCUCUCGCUUUAGGAUGAUCCGCUGUGAAUGAAAUCUUUUGUACGGUCCAUCGUUUUCCCUAAAUGUCAUGUGGAAAUUGAUAUUUAGGUGUUUUUUGUCUGUGCUGUUACUCCACAUAUGCAUUCACUCUUGUGUGUGUUAAUAAAAGGUCAUAACAGUACUUGUUUGAGGUGACCAUAGUAAAAUAAAUUCAAAUUUAUGCAGGA